AUCUAUGAUAUGCGAAUGUUGUUCAAUCUUGUCAUUGAAUCUCCUCUGGUCGCAAGGAAAUGGCCAAAAAAAGUGUGUCGGAGUUUGGUCCCCUCGUUGCCCCCGGCCGUCGCUGACUUUGUGAAGAGAGCGGCGGAUGAGUGUAAACCCAUCGGUGUGCAUGUGGUGACAGGGACGCCGGAGGAAACGGCCAACAUUCUGGCAGGACUGGAGAAAGAAGGGAUGGUCAAGAAGCUUCCCAAAUAUGAGAACUGCUGGUUGGCUCGUACAGACCCAAAGGACGUGGCUCGAGUAGAAAGCAAGACUGUGAUUGUGACCAAGAACCAGAGGGACACUGUGCCCAUCCCCUCUGGAGGGGCGAAGAGCCAGCUGGGCAGCUGGAUGAGUGAGUCUGACUGGCAGAAAGCCAGAGAAGCGCGUUUCCCCGGCUGCAUGGCAGGUCGAACCAUGUAUGUGAUUCCCUUCAGUAUGGGUCCUGUAGGCUCGACUCUGAGUAAAUAUGGUGUCCAGGUGACAGACUCUCCAUACGUUGUGGCCAGCAUGGGGAUCAUGACACGCAUGGGCACUCCUGUCCUGAAGAAACUGGCUGAAGGAGUGGACUUUGUCCGCUGUCAGCACUCUUUGGGCCGACCUUUACCACUCAAAGCCCCUCUGGUCAACUCUCUCCUGGGGAAGAAGUGCUUUGCCCUCCGCAUUGCCAAGGACGAAGGCUGGCUGAGUGUGAACACACCUGGAAGCAAGUCAGGCAAGGUGAUUAUGCACGACCCCUUUGCCAUGCGGCCCUUCUUUGGUUACAACUUCGGAGACUACCUCGCUCACUGGCUGAGCAUGGAGAGCCGAAAGGCCCCAACUCAUCUUCCCAAGAUCUUCCACGUGAACUGGUUCAGAAAGGACUCCGCGACCGGCUCCUUCCUCUGGCCCGGCUUCGGCGAAAACGCCCGCGUACUGGAGUGGAUCUUCAAGCGCUGCAGCAGGGAGAGGGAGGACAAGGCGGCCAAGAAGAGCAUUAUCGGCUGGCUGCCAGAAGAUGGCGCCAUCGACACUGAAGGUCUGGGCAGCAAGGUGGAUAUGGGCGCCCUGUUCGAUGUGCCUGCUCCUUUCUGGCAGAAGGAGACGAAGGAGCUGAGAGCCUACUUCACUCAGCAGGUUGGAGCUGAUCUGCCAGCUCAGGUGGAGGCUGAGCUGAAGGCACUGGAGGACAGAGUGCACAAUUAAAACCCCACUGACAGGAAGUUCAUCCAGAAACAGGGAGCUAGUCACUGAGACAGGAUUCAGAUCAUUGGGGUGCAAGCAGAGUCACUGGCUGGGUUUACAUACUCAGAGAAUUUAGUUAGCU